AUGUCCGCACCACUCGCGUCCGAGGGCUUCGCCGUGCUCGACUUCGCAGGGAACCGGUUUCGGCAGGAUGACAGCAUCGAGUACAUCCUGGCGUGGCUGUCGCUGCUGCCACACGCCGCGCUGGUAGCGCAAGCGGCAGUGGUGUACUCUCGGCGGGAGGUCCACCAGGCGCUGCUCUUCCUGGGCACGCUGCUCAACGCGCUCCUCACGAAGGUGCUCAAGUCCCUCGUGUCCGACCCAAGACCAGCGGAGCGGUGCGUGCAGCUAGAUACGUGCGGCGAGCACGGCCUCCCGUCGUCGCACACCUCCUUGAGCUUCUACCUCGUCGCCAUCAUUCUGCUCUCGAUCCUGCGGACGAAGGAGUACAGCCCCGACCCGAAGGCCUCUUCGAUCGAUCACCUCGGGCUGGCGAGGGCGUGGCAGGCGCUGGAGGCGCUCGCGGCGCUCGCCACGGCGUCCGCAGUUGGUGUGUCGCGGGUGCAGCUGGGCUACCACACGUGGGCGCAGGUGAUCGCCGGUGCCGGGCAGGGCGUCGUGUUUGGCACGGUGUGGCACGCGGCGACCGUUCGGAUCGUCGCGCCGGCGCUGCGUCCGCUGCUCGGGCUCAGGCUGGUACGUGCACUUGGUGUGCGCGACUCGCUCUGCCUGACGUGGCCGACGGAGGCCGAGCGCGCGCUGUGCGAGCAGGGCAGCGAGCCCGACACGAAGAAGCGGCGAUGA